UCGAAUAAAGGAUAUGAUUAGCCGUGGAGGGGAGAAGAUUUUCCCAGCUGAGGUCGAGCGGUUUCUCUACACUCAUCCAAAAGUGACAGAGGUGCAGGUUGUUGGUGUGAAAGAUGAGAGGAUGGGGGAGCAGGUUUGUGCCUGUAUAAAGGUGGCAGAGGGAGAGCACUGCACUGAGGAGGAAAUCAAGGCGUACUGCAAAGACCAGAUAUCCUACUUCAAGAUCCCACAUUACGUAAUGUUUGUAGAAAGUUAUCCACUCACUGCCUCUGGAAAGAUCCAGAAAAAUAAACUGCGUGCAGAAAUGGAGAAGAGGCUGGGACUGUGAUGUGAUGACUGUCAAACGAGGAACCUACACACCUGCCAGUCUUAUGCACUUGUUUAACAUAUGAAUGUCUCGACGUCUCAUUAAUAGGUGUUAUACUUUAUUGGACAAACCGUUUGAUCAUGAUAUUAUUUGAAACAUUGUACAAUAUGUAAAAUUCACUCUCUCAAAACAUGCCAUAAAG